AUGUCUUCAACAAUCCAACAGCCCUCAAAUAUCAUUCAACCUCCUCCAGCAAACGCAUGCCGUACUCAAGAUGGAGACGAUCUCCUCUGCCCCCUCACCCUCCCUCCCAUCCACCUCCUCCAAACUACCCCCACACCCCACUCCCCCGCCGCUGAAAAACGCGCUAUCCUUCCGAUCCCUAUCAGCCAAGAUGGAUGGUGGGAGUCUCCGACAGACAUUCUUUUCGACCACCACCACCCCUCUCUGUCUUAUUCGUCUUGUGCUUCCAUGCAGGAGGACCGUUCGUUGGGUGAAUCGAUGAGGUCGUACCCUACCAAAGCCGUUUUGCAGAUGGCAAAUAAGCAUAAGCAGGGGGGGAGGAUGGAGAAGCCAAAGUUGUUGAGGAUUGACGUUGAAGCCGGAAAGGGAGAAACAGAAGAAGAGGUGAAGAUUCUGCCGUUCACGCCGAUCACCCCGGAAAACUUGAAGAGAUUGGGGGAUCAGCCCACUCGUCUGGCCGAUACGCCCCAGACACCUCAGAAGCCUCAGACUUCUCGACCUAUGGUCAUGAACUGCCACGCCUUGCCCUCUACUCCCACACCCACCCCCCACCCCCAACAGCCCUCGCACCAUUUCAUCACCACCACCAAAGAACCCGACACCGACGAAAGUCCCAUCGACCUGGAUGCCAGUCAGCUUCAACUCCAAACAGCAGGUUCCAGAAAAUUCGAAGAGAUGGAGAUCGAUGAGGGUACGUUCGGGCAAAAGGAUUCUCAAGACGAGUUGGUAGAACGUACGGGGUGGGUUGCCAAGCGCGCUCGUAUGAGUAGUCCUUGA